AUGCUGCUGCUAUUAUUGGCAUUUGUCGCCUUCGUGCAUUCGUCAAACUACGACCGAAAGGCGGCCAUUGUACACGGCGGUCUGAAACGGUUCCGUUGCGUGGAAGAGUGGAUUCCGGUAGAUCCGUUUGGAAACCUACUCGAAGCAAACGCUCGUGAAACUGGCUCAACAAGGGCUCGCUAUGAAGCUGCAACAGCUCCUUCCACCCUUCUCAAUACAUAUAUACAAUCACAAGCAAAUGGAGCCGACCUUACGGUCGGAAGUUCUGCGCCAAAAAUGACCCGGGCGUCAACAAUCGGGCCAUUUGAGCGCGAAUUGCUCGAAACACUGGAGGAAGAUCCUGUCGAGACCGAACCGCUGAAAAAGACAACGAGUCCGCCGACUCGCGGCCAUCGCUUCACACCAAGAUCCGUACCAACCACCACAUCACUUCCCAGCACCACAAUUGUUGUCGACAUCGGAUCGACAACUACACCACCGAGCGCCACCACUGAAAAGGUGACAAUACCGCCCAGAAAGGUUGCCAUUCAUUCCGGAAACAAUCGCGCUAAUGAAGUUGCCGUCGCGACAAGCAGUUCACCGAAGGCCGAUCAGAAGAAAUUGAAAGAAACACCUGAAAUUCGUCGACACGAAACUUCGUAUGAACAAUCACGGAGACGCAGUCCAAUACGGCCACAGAACCGAAGGCGCCCGAGCGCUCGAGAAGAGGAAUUCGAUCCGGGUGAAGCCGAUUUUGUAGACACGGACUUUGGUGAAAAUUCAGCGGAGAGGGAAACUUAUACAAGGCGCCGCCCCUAUUUCCGUGCUGAGAGGUAUGGGCAAAUUACAAGGCGCUAUCAUCCGGAAAGGGUAAAUCGCCAGCGGCAUCGGCAUGAGUAUACAGAUUACGAAGAUGACGAGCAGGAUAGCUAUGACGAUUACGUGUCCCCUUCCAGGAGGCAAGCCGCGCUCAGAAAGGAUAAUUACGAUGAAAUGGAGGAUGAUUUCGCACCACCGCCGCCAGCCCUGCGCUACGGCAGAUCCCGACAUGCACAAAUUCCACUAGGCUACGGGGGGCAUUCGCAGAAAGAGCCCCGACUUCGAGCAAGUCAUAUAUCAAGUCUGCCGGUUGAUGGCCUGGAUAGACGGAGCAUGCCCUUGCCAUUUUUGCCCUCGGUCCCCGUCUAUAAUCCACCCCCACAGCCAAUCAUUCCGCAACAGUAUCCGCUUGCCACUCUCGUCACACCCCGUCCGCCAAAUGCCGCUGGAGCGGAGCCAAGAAAGCUGCCACAACGACCCCGGAAGCGACAGCGUCAACCCCCGAGGAUGGCAUUCACUUCGCUGCCAAUACAACACCUACCAGCUGCCUUCCCGUCUCAUUCCACCACCCUCAGCCCGGUUCAAUACCCAGCCCCUCUGCGGGUAGCGCCUAUGCCACCUGCCGUGCGUUUUGAAGAAGCUACCCCGGAGACGUGCCAGUUGAUGAAGAAACUAGCCGGGGACUACGGGAUCACGGACAUUCCGGGAUUUGCGCGAAACAAUUGUUUGAUGCUGCAAGGAAUGGUUGGUGGGGGGCUGUCGUGCGAACAGAUCGAGCACUUCAUCGCUAGCUGCAAUCGACGGAAGUUUUUC